AUUACAACCCCCGGUCCCUCUCACUCCAUUUCCUUUCCCUAUUUUUCUAUGAGAGCCGAGCUUGACCCUUAUUCGGGGCUUUCUAUGCCGGCUUCUUUUUUUUCUUUGCAGAGGCUGAGGGUAUCCCGGUUUGACGUAUUCGUCUUUUCUUGUCCCACUUUCUUUUCAUGCUCUUGAGCCCUUGUGUUCACCUUCAUGUGGGUCUCUUUUGUUACUUUAGCUCUUCUUCAAAUAAGCUAGCUAGCUUGGGGUGAUCACCUUGUGAGCUUCCCUAUAGAUGUGAGUUUGAUUAAAUUUUAUCAUUUGCUCGGUUUUUUCUGUGUUGGAAAGCUGUGUUCUGCGAUCUCUCUGUUGUUUCCUUGCUUCUUUCCUGCUUCGACGGCUUAAAAUGACCGAGCCCAAUAAAAAAAAAAGCAGCAAGUCAGAAGCACUAUUGCCAAAGUAUAUAUUGGGGAAAACACUUGGAAUAGGAUCUUCUUGUAAGGUGAAACUUGGUCAGCAUGUUUUGACUGGAUGUAAAGUUGCUGUUAAGAUACUGAAGCUCCAAAAUUUAAAAGAUGCAGAAGUAGAAAGAGUUAGACGUGAGAUUAAGAUAAUGGGAGGACUUUCACAUCCUAAUAUCAUACGGCUAUAUGAGGUUAUAGAGAUAAAAUCCAAAAUUUAUGUUGUAAUGGAGUAUAUGAAUCAUGGGGAGCUAUAUGAUUAUAUUAUGGAAAGGGGUCGACUAAAGGAGGAUGAGGCUCGCCAUAUAUUUCAGCAGAUUAUAUGCGGUCUUGAAUUUUGCCACCUUAAUAAGGUUGUUCAUCGAGACCUUAAGCCGGAGAAUUUGCUUCUGGAUUCACAACUCAAUGUUAAACUUGCAGACUUUGGCUUCAGCAAUGUAAUGCACGAUGGUCAUUUUUUGAAGACGAGCUGUGGAAGCCCAAGUUAUGCAGCACCAGAGGUAGUCUCAGGUAAAUUAUAUGCUGGACCUGAGGUUGAUAUCUGGAGUUGUGGUAUCAUUUUAUAUGUUCUUCUGUGUGGAAUAUUUCCUUUUGAUGCUGAUAAUAUUCCCAGUUUGUUCAAGCAGAUAAAGCAAGGGCUUUACACCCUUCCAACUCAUCUAUCACCUUUAGCAAAGGAUUUAAUCAUUCGGAUUCUUGUUGUUGAUCCAUUGAGAAGAUUUACCAUUCCUCAAAUCUGCGAACAUCCAUGGUUUCAGUAUAGUCUUCCAUGUUAUCUUGCUCCGCCUGUAGAAGAAGCAAGACGAGGAACAAAAAAGGACUGUGACACCUCCUAUUUGCACCAGUUGGGUGGUGCAGCUAAAAUUGUCAGGAACAGUCCUAAGCAGCAGCGACAUUGUAUUGAUAAUGGGAUAGCAUCUCCAAAACUUCAGUUUCCUGUUAGAAGGAACUGGACACCUGGAAUUCAGUCACCAGCCCAUCCUCGAGACAUAAUGGUGGAGAUUUUGGAAGUCCUCCGGAGGUUAAAUAUAUGCUGGAAAGAAAUAGGAAAUUACAAUAUAAGAUGCAAGUGUAUUCCCAACUUUUGGAGCAGCUUACAAAAUAAGUCGACCUCGGAUCUGAGGUGCGACCCUAACGACGCAUCUUCUAGCAGGGAUGUUGACAUAGUUGACCCAAGGUCGCAAAAUGCCAUCAAAUUUGAAAUUCAGCUUUACAAGGCUCCUCAAAAACUUUACCUCAUCGACCUACAGAGGAUCAGCGGUCCACCAAUGCUUUUUCUUGAACUCUGUCUUUUGUUCCUUUCUCAGCUUCAGCUUCUGUAAUCCUUUGUCUUACUUUCUGAUGCAUGGAUUUUCUAUAAUAUGUGACCACACAUGGUCAUUUAGGUCAUAAACUGUUCUGUUGUUUUCAUUUGCAUUAAAUGUCAUAGCAUAUGAUCUUUGAAAUUAUAUUAGUCUGUUGAUGUCUCCACUUUGGAUGUCUUAGUUGCAGAAUAGCCUUGUUCUAGCAAUUUGGAAAUCUAGGCAUAUUUUGAUUGGGAUGAAAUCAAGCCCUGGUUUGUUCAAAAUUAUUCAUUGUGAAAUGAGUAAAAUUGUGCACGGUGUCUUCGGAAUACUUAUGGUGGUUCUGUAAAAUGUGAGAUCAUUUCAGAGUCUU